AUGUUCAUAAAGUGCUUUAAAAAGCACAUAAUAUGUACUCAAUACACGGGCAGCAAGGAGCGUUUCCACUGGCAGAGCCACAAUGUGAAGCAGAGUGGUGUGGACGACAUGGUGCUGGUGCCCCAGAUCACCGAGGACGCCAUCGUGGCCAACCUCCGCAAGCGCUUCAUGGACGACUACAUCUUUACCUACAUCGGCUCCGUGCUCAUCUCCGUAAACCCCUUCAAGCAGAUGCCCUACUUCACUGACCGUGAGAUCGACCUCUACCAGGGCGCGGCCCAGUACGAGAAUCCCCCGCACAUCUAUGCCCUCACAGACAACAUGUACCGGAACAUGCUCAUUGACUGUGAGAACCAGUGUGUCAUCAUCAGUGGAGAGAGUGGAGCUGGGAAGACGGUGGCAGCUAAAUACAUCAUGGGCUACAUCUCCAAGGUGUCGGGCGGAGGCGAGAAGGUCCAGCAUGUGAAGGACAUCAUCCUGCAAUCAAACCCACUGCUGGAAGCCUUUGGCAACGCCAAGACUGUGCGCAACAAUAAUUCCAGUCGCUUUGGCAAGUACUUUGAGAUCCAGUUCAGCCGCGGUGGGGAGCCAGAUGGGGGCAAGAUCUCCAACUUCCUGCUGGAGAAAUCCCGAGUGGUCAUGCAGAAUGAAAACGAGAGGAACUUCCACAUCUACUACCAGCUGCUGGAAGGGGCUUCUCAGGAGCAGCGGCAGAACCUGGGGCUCAUGACCCCCGACUACUAUUACUACCUCAACCAAGCAGACACCUACAAGGUCGACGGCACCGAUGACCGGAGCGACUUCAGUGAGACUCUGAGUGCCAUGCAGGUCAUCGGGAUCCCGUCCAACGUCCAGCAGCUGGUCCUGCAGCUUGUGGCAGGGAUCUUGCACUUGGGAAACAUCAGCUUCUGCGAAGAUGGGAAUUAUGCCCGGGUGGAGAGCGCAGACCUCUUGGCCUUCCCCGCCUACCUCCUGGGCAUUGACAGCGGGCGGCUGCAGGAGAAGCUGACCAGCCGCAAGAUGGACAGCCGCUGGGGCGGGCGCAGCGAGUCCAUUGACGUGACCUUGAAUGUGGAGCAGGCGGCGUACACGCGGGACGCCCUGGCCAAGGGGCUCUACUCCCGUCUCUUCAACUUCCUCGUAGAGGCCAUUAACCGUGCCAUGCAGAAGCCCCAGGAGGAGUACAGUAUCGGUGUGCUUGACAUCUAUGGCUUUGAGAUCUUCCAGAAAAACGGCUUUGAGCAGUUCUGCAUCAACUUCGUCAACGAGAAGCUACAGCAGAUCUUUAUCGAACUCACCCUGAAGGCUGAACAGAAACACAGGCACCUUUGCCCAGACACCUGGUGCCAUCCCUGCCCCCUUUGCCGCCACCAGGAGGAGUACGUACAGGAGGGCAUCCGCUGGACCCCCAUCCAGUACUUCAACAACAAAAUCGUCUGUGACCUCAUCGAAAACAAGCUGAACCCCCCAGGCAUCAUGAGCGUCCUGGACGACGUGUGUGCCACCAUGCACGCCACGGGCGGCGGCGCCGACCAGACGCUACUGCAGAAGCUGCAGGCGGCCGUGGGCACCCACGAGCACUUCAACAGCUGGAGUGCCGGCUUCGUCAUCCACCACUACGCGGGCAAGGUAUCCUAUGAUGUCAGCGGCUUCUGCGAAAGGAACCGUGAUGUCCUCUUCUCCGACCUCAUAGAGCUGAUGCAGACCAGUGAGCAGGCCUUCCUCCGGAUGCUGUUUCCCGAGAAGCUGGAUGUAGAAAAGAAGGGCCGCCCCAGUACAGCCGGCUCCAAGAUCAAGAAACAAGCCAACGACCUGGUAUCCACGCUGAAGAAGUGCACCCCCCACUACCUCCGCUGCAUCAAGCCCAACGAGACCAAGAGGCCCCGUGACUGGGAGGAGAACAGGGUCAAGCACCAGGUGGAAUAUCUGGGCCUAAAGGAGAACAUCAGGGUGCGCCGGGCAGGUUUCGCCUACCGCCGCCAGUUUGCCAAGUUCCUGCAGAGGUAUGCUAUUCUGACCCCUGAGACGUGGCCACACUGGCGUGGGGACGAGCGUCAGGGGGUCCAGCACUUGCUGCGGGCGGUCAACAUGGAGCCAGACCAGUACCAGAUGGGGAGCACCAAGGUCUUCGUCAAGAACCCUGAGUCCCUCUUCCUUCUGGAGGAGAUGCGAGAGCGCAAGUUCGAUGGCUUUGCCCGCACCAUCCAGAAGGCCUGGCGGCGCCACGUGGCAGUCCGGAAGUACGAGGAGAUGCGGGAGGAAGCUUCCAACAUCCUGCUGAACAAGAAGGAGCGGAGACGGAACAGCAUCAAUAGGAACUUCGUUGGGGAUUACCUGGGGCUGGAGGAGCGGCCGGAGCUGCGUCAGUUCCUGGGCAAGAGGGAGCGAGUGGACUUUGCUGACUCGGUCAACAAGUACGACCGCCGCUUCAAGGCCAUCAAGAGGGACUUGAUCCUGACGCCCAAGUGUGUGUAUGUGAUCGGGCGGGAGAAGGUGAAGAAGGGACCUGAGAAGGGCCAGGUGCGUGAGGUCCUGAAGAAGAAGCUGGAGAUCCAAGCCUUACGGGGAGUUUCCCUCAGCACGAGGCAGGACGACUUCUUCAUCCUCCAAGAAGACGCGGCCGACAGCUUCCUGGAGAGCGUCUUCAAGACCGAGUUCGUCAGCCUCCUGUGCAAGCGCUUCGAGGAGGCGGUGCGGAGGCCCCUGCCGCUCACCUUCAGCGACACACUACAGUUCCGGGUGAAGAAGGAGGGCUGGGGCGGAGGUGGCACCCGCAGCGUCACUUUCUCCCGUGGCUCCGGCGACGUGGCGAUGCUCAAGGCUAGCGGCCGGACCCUCUCGGUCGGCGUGGGUGACGGACUGCCCAAAAGCUCCAAGCCUACACGGAAAGGAAUGGCCCAGGGAAAACCCAGAAGGUCGGCCCAGGCCCCUACCCGGGCAGCUCCCGGGCCCCCUAGAGUCCUGGAUCGCAAUGGGGUGCCUCCCUCUGCCAGAGGGGGCCCCCUACCCCUGGAGUUCACAUCCAGACAGGGCUCCCAGAAGCCGCCACAGGGCCCUCCUUCCUCAGCCUUGGGGGCCAGCAGACGCCCACGGGCACGGCCCCCCUCGGAGCACAACACGGAAUUCCUCAAUGUGCCUGACCAGGGCAUGGCUGGCAUGCAGAGGAAGCGCAGCAUAGGGCAGAGACCUGUGCCCGGUGUGGGCCGACCUAAGCCCCAGCCACGGACACAUGGCCCAAGGUGCCGGGCACUGUACCAGUACGUGGGCCAAGAUGUGGAUGAGCUGAGCUUUAACGUGAACGAGGUCAUCGAGAUCCUCAUGGAAGAUGCCUCAGGCUGGUGGAAAGGCCGGCUGCAUGGCCAGGAGGGCCUUUUCCCAGGAAACUACGUGGAGAAGAUCUGAACGGGACAGGG